AUGAUUGUACCUCGUCUUUCGCAUACAGUAACAAGACUUGGAAAUAAUUCUGGAAUUAUUUUAGUUGCUGGUGGUUAUCAGGGUUCAACAUAUUAUUCUUCAACAGAAUUAUAUUAUGGUGCAUCAAAUAUGUUCUUUUCAUUAGGAUCUGGUGGUGCAAUGCCAACAGCACGUGCUUAUCAUACCGCAUCUUAUUUACCAACUGUUAAUAAAGUAUUAAUAACAGGUGGACAUUUUAAUAAUUGGAAUACUCAAAAUACAAUGAUUCUUUUUGAUGUUCUUACUUAUUCUUUUUCAACUUUAACGAGUACAAUGUCAACAUUACGAUCAUGGCAUACAGCAACAUUAUUACCGGAUGGAAAAGUAUUAAUUGUUGGUGGAAGUACUGGUUCAGUGAUAACACCUACUUGUGAUCUUAUUGAUCCAUCAAAUAAUUAUCUAACAACACCAGUAGCUAAUCUUAGUUUUGCAAGAUAUAAGCAUACUGCAACAUUAUUACCAAAUAAUGAUCAAAGUACAGUUUUAGUUUGUGGUGGUUACUCACCAACAAGUGUUGCACUAAAUUCCUGUGAACUUUAUUUUAUUUAA